GGAAGACUAGAGGAAUGUGUUUGAGGUUUCUCGGAGAGUUCAGCUGGUAACGUGCUAUCUGCCAAAAGAAGACAACGAAAGGAGAAAAGAAGGAUAGAAACUCAAACUAAACUAAUGAAAACAUGCCCCAUUUUACUGUGGUACCAGUGCAGGAUAACUCACCGUCCUAUGACAGUCUGGAGGGAAUAAACUGGGUGGAUUACAGAGACACGGGACAGGGAGGAUACCCUGAGCAUGGAGAUACAGUCAGUUCGGAUGGUCAUGGUACUCAUAAAGAAGACAGUCCGUUCCUCAGCAGAUCAGACUCAUCAUCUAAGAGGAAUGACUUCUAUGACAAAAACCUGGCCCUGUUUGAGGAAGAAUUGGACAUCCGGCCAAAGGUCUCCUCUCUUCUCAGCCGUCUGGUCAAUUACACAAAUGUUACUCAGGGUGUCAAAGAGCAUGAGGAGGCAGAGAAUGCUGAUGAGUCCAGAAGACGACUCCCUAAAUCUCCAAAUAUGGGCACUCUGAUGGGAGUCUACCUACCAUGCCUGCAAAACAUCUUUGGUGUGAUUCUCUUCCUGCGCCUCACAUGGAUCGUAGGAACAGCAGGUGUCGUCCAGUCCUUACUCAUCGUUCUCAUGUGCUGUUCGUGUACGAUGUUAACUGCCAUAUCGAUGAGCGCCAUCGCCACAAAUGGUGUUGUUCCAGCUGGUGGAGCUUAUUUUAUGAUAUCUCGCUCUCUGGGUCCUGAGUUUGGUGGUGCAGUUGGUCUCUGUUUUUAUCUGGGCACAACGUUUGCAGCUGCCAUGUACAUUUUGGGAGCAAUUGAAAUUUUUCUGAAAUAUCUGAUUCCUCAAGCAGCCAUAUUUCAUCCCACAAAUAUCCAUGCAGGGAACGGUGCAAUGUUGAAUAAUAUGCGGGUGUACGGCACAAUUUGUUUGAGCCUCAUGGCUAUGGUUGUUUUUGUGGGGGUCAAGUAUGUCAACAAGUUUGCCUCUCUCUUCCUGGCCUGCGUCAUAAUUUCAAUCGUUUCCAUCUAUGCCGGAGCUUUAAAAUCCAUCUUUCACCCACCAGAUUUUUCGAUUUGCAUGCUAGGCAAUCGCACUUUAGCUUGGGAUAUUUCUGACAUUUGUGCAAAGACAGUAAUUGUUGGUAAUGACACUGUUCCCACCAACCUGUGGAAGAAAUUCUGCAAUUCUGAGAACUCCAGCACAGCUCAUUGUGAUGAGUACUUUCUGCAGAACAAUGUUACAGAGAUCCAGGGCAUUCCUGGGUUAGCCAGUAGCAUCAUCAAAGAGAACAUGUGGGGGGAUUACAUGGAGAAAGGACAGAUUUUAGUGAAAGCGGGUUUGCCCUCUCUUGAUGUCCAUGGCUCCAUGGAGAGCUUUGGCUUUUAUGUGACUGCUGACAUUGCUACUUCCUUCACACUCCUGGUGGGAAUCUUCUUUCCUUCUGCUACAGGCAUUAUGGCUGGAUCAAACCGAUCUGGAGAUCUAAGAGAUGCACAGAAGUCUAUUCCUAUAGGGACAAUUAUGGCUAUUACAACUACCUCUCUUGUCUAUUUCAGCUCUGUGGUUCUUUUUGGCGCCUGCAUUGAGGGUGUAGUGCUUAGAGAUAAAUUUGGAGAAGCAGUCAGUAAAAACUUGGUGGUUGGCACACUUUCUUGGCCCUCCCCAUGGGUGAUUGUGAUUGGCUCCUUCUUCUCCACAGUGGGUGCAGGACUUCAGUCCCUGACGGGAGCACCUCGCCUCCUGCAAGCCAUCGCUAAGGAUAACAUCAUUCCUUUCCUAAGAGUGUUUGGACAUGGUAAAGCUAACGGAGAACCUACAUGGGCUUUGUUGCUAACAGGACUCAUAGCAGAGCUUGGCAUCCUUAUUGCUUCACUUGAUAUGGUCGCUCCUAUUCUCUCUAUGUUUUUCCUGAUGUGCUAUCUUUUUGUAAAUUUGGCAUGUGCAGUGCAAACCCUUUUAAGAACACCGAAUUGGAGGCCAAGGUUCAAAUACUACCACUGGGCUUUAUCUUUUCUGGGCAUGAGUAUGUGUUUGGCCCUUAUGUUUAUCUCUUCAUGGUAUUAUGCCAUUGUAGCCAUGGUCAUUGCUGGUAUGAUCUACAAGUACAUUGAAUAUCAGGGAGCAGAGAAGGAGUGGGGAGAUGGAAUCCGUGGCUUGUCUCUUAGUGCAGCACGCUAUGCUCUCCUUCGCCUGGAGGCUGGACCACCCCACACUAAAAACUGGAGGCCACAGCUGCUGGUUCUGCUGAAGUUGGAUGAGGAUCUGCAUGUGAAGUAUCCCAGAAUGCUUACCUUUGCCUCACAGUUAAAAGCAGGAAAAGGUCUAACCAUCGUAGGAUCUGUGAUUCAGGGCAACUUUCUGGAAUGUUACGGAGAAACACAGGCCUCAGAACAGGCAAUAAAGAACAUGAUGGAGAUCGAGCGAGUGAAGGGCUUCUGUCAGGUAGUGGUCGCCUCCAAAGUGAGAGAGGGGGUUGCACACUUGAUCCAGUCCUGUGGUCUGGGAGGGAUGAAGCACAACACAGUUGUUUUGGGCUGGCCAUACGGCUGGAGACAAAGUGAAGACCCUCGUGCUUGGAAAACCUUCAUCAAUACAGUGCGGUGUACUACAGCUGCCCACCUCGCCUUGAUGGUCCCAAAGAAUGUGUCGUUCUAUCCUAGCAACCACGAGCGCUUCACUGAUGGAUACAUUGACGUCUGGUGGAUUGUGCAUGAUGGUGGCAUGCUUAUGCUUCUACCUUUCCUUCUCAAACAACAUAAGGUCUGGCGUAAGUGUAAGAUGCGAAUCUUCACCGUUGCCCAAAUGGACGAUAACAGCAUUCAGAUGAAAAAGGACCUGGCAACCUUCCUGUACCAGCUCAGAAUAGAAGCAGAGGUGGAAGUGGUUGAAAUGCACGACAGUGACAUCUCAGCAUAUACGUAUGAGCGGACACUCAUGAUGGAACAGAGGUCACAGAUGCUAAAACAAAUGAGACUGUCCAAUGCAGAGAAAGACAGAGAGGCCCAGCUAGUAAAGGACAGGCACUCAUUAAUAAGAAUGGGCAGUCUGUAUUCAGAUGAAGAGGAAGAAACCAUUGAAGUAGUGCCAGAGAAGAACCAAAUGACUUGGACUUGUGAUAAAGUGGAAGCAGAGAGACGAAACAGAAACAAUGCACCGGAAAACUUCAGAGAACUCAUCAGCAUCAAACCUGAUCAGUCUAAUGUUCGGCGGAUGCACACAGCUGUUAAGCUCAAUGAGGUCAUAGUUAACAGAUCCCAUGAUGCCAGACUGGUUCUGCUUAACAUGCCAGGUCCUCCACGCAAUCAAGAGGGAGAUGAAAACUAUAUGGAAUUUCUUGAGGUGUUGACAGAGGGUCUAGAAAGAGUGCUGCUUGUAAGAGGUGGAGGUCGGGAGGUCAUCACAAUCUAUUCCUGAAAGGCCAAAGAUCAAUACACACACCACUUGUGUUAAUGCGUAGUCAUACAGUGUUAUUUAAAGAAUAUGCAUAUUGAACUGCACACAGUCUAAUGCCAGACUAUAUAUGAAUCAUGCCUAGAGUAAUUGGGGAUAAUAGGGUUUUAAACUAAAGCGCACAAAUGAAUUUUUGUCUAGUUUAUUUCACUUAAAUGUCACGUUUUGUCUGUUUAAAAUGUAUACCUUUUGAAAUGAACACAUUUUGCAACUUAGAAAUUAGUUCCAGAUUUAGGCCAGAAUUGUGAUUUAAGCAACAAUCUUCUUUAUGUGAAUAAAAUAGGAACAGAGUAUGGUUACCCCUUAAACCAUAGAGCUUUUACCAUCCAUGAUGAAUUCAACCAACUGAUAGUCACAGAAAUCUUUGCUCAUUUUUCCGUGGCAUUCUCACGGAUUGGUUACUCAACUGUUUUGUCCUAUUUUCUUACCAUUGUCGCUUCGGUUUAGGGUUAGAUUUACAUAAAAUGACAUUCCUACCCAAACCCAACUCUAACCCCAACGCCAAACUUUUUUUAAGUUUAGAAAAUAUAAAAGAAUACAUCAGAAACCAAUACUUAAAGUGACAUACUAACGCAAACACGAAAUCUAACCCUAAAAAGAAGCGACAAUGGUUUGAAAAUAGGAAAAAGCAGUUGAGUAACCAAUCCGUGAGAAUGCCACGGAAAAGAAAGUCCGUGGCAGGACCACAGAAAAAUGCGGAGAUCCGUGAGUAUGCCACAAAAAAUGAGUCAGAACAUAUUAACAAACUUCACCAAAAAUAGCCUUUUAUAUUAUUGUAAUUUAUUGAAUUAUGUUAAAUGACAUGCAAGACACCACAACAUAAUGAGCAAGAGCAAACGCAAAAAAGAAAUGGUCAAUCUGGUUUAUUUGGCCAAGUUGCCAAAUCCAUUUGCUUCCAGGACUUUUAAUUUUUUCAUUUGUGUGCUCAUCCUUUUAUUUAUUUCUAUUUAUUUAUUUGCAGAAACUCCCCAUUGUAUUGAAAGUUAAGUUAGGCAAAAACCAAAGGAGGUAAGGUGGGAUAGAUGCUGUUUAUGAACAGCUUUGUAGAUUUUGUAAUUUAUAAAUGGGUUGUUAAAAUUUUAAAUAACAGAAGAACUGUUUUGUAAGUGAAUUGUUUUUUGUAAGUAAACAUACUGCAAAUGCAUUUUAGUAUACAACUCGUAAUGAGAAGGAGACAUUUUAGAUACUGAUACAAAGUCUUUAUUCUGUUUGUAUGGCAUGAUUACUGUACAGACAAAAUACAUUUGUUAUACAAAUAGAAGAAAUAUAUGGAAGACUAUAUUGAUAUAUAUAUAAAUAUAUUGACUAAUAACAUCAUAUCUGGAAUAAAAAGACAAUGUUGCUUUA